GUUACAGAACAUCUUUUCGGAAAAUCUCAGUGGAUUUGUUUUGCUCUGCAUUUUCUGCAAAAUUUGUGAUUUCUGAGUGUUUGCAUAGGUGAAAAGUGUGUAGAAAUGUCGGCUUUCAGCAACUACGCCAUGCCUCUCUGGAGCAAUGGUCCUGCUCCUGGGCAAUUCUACAAUUUCCCUGGUGGAUCUUCAGUGCAGAAUCGUGACAUGCAAUUUGGCUUCAAAGGGACUUUUGGCUCGCAAAGGACAUCGCAGCCAAUCACCACCGGAACCUCUGUUGUGGGGCUCAAAUUCAAGGAUGGUGUGGUCAUCUCUGCCGAUACUCUCGUCUCCUACGGCUCCCUAGCUCGCUACACGUCAAUGGACAGGGUCUUCAAGGUGAACGACUACACAAUUAUCGGAGCAGGAGGAGAUUUCGCUGACUUCCAGUUCCUGAAGCAACACAUCGAUCAGAAAGUGGUUGAUGACAUCGCGUUUGGCGAUAAUUACCACAUGAAGCCGAAAUCCCUGUACAAUUGGCUGAUGAGAGUGCUGUACAACAAGAGGAGCCGCUUUGAUCCUCUCUGGCUGGACAUUGUGGUUGGUGGAAUGCAGGAUGGAGAGCCUUUCCUGGGUCACAUCAACCUUCGAGGUCGUGCUUAUGAGAACAACGCCAUAGCUACUGGAUAUGGCCAGCACUUGGCCAUUCCGCUGCUCAGGGAAUACACGGAGAAUCCUCAGGUCGUCCUGGACAAGGAUCAGGCAUUGAGUCUCACGAAGAAGGUCAUGGAGGUGCUCUACUACCGCGACUGCAGGGGUUUCAACAAGUACACGCAGGCCGUCGCGACGGCAGAGGGUGUGAAAGUGGAGGGACCGAUCGAUGUGGACCAGAACUGGAAUCUAGCACACAUGAUCAAGGGAUUCUAAGGCAUAACUAUUCAUUUUCUACGCUUAAAUGAUUAAGAAUGAUAAAUAAAGAGUUUUUUCAACA